ACUCGCCGCACGCGCAGUUUGUUAUCAUUAAAUCUAGCGGCAAUAUAUGUUAUUGUAGACCGCUACUGCGCCACAAACCUGUUUGUCGAGGGUACCAUUCGCCGAACUAGUUUUGCGAGUCGCGACGAAUAUUCAUUUCGCGUUCCAAGUUUGAACUCUAAUGUCUGAGAAUUUGUUUGGCUGAAAAGUGUCAUCUGUCAAUUGAAACUUAUAUAUUUCGGUAUUUGUAAUAUUAAUUAAAAUGGCUUGUUCGCAAUGUAUGAACGCCGGAAACAAAGCUGUGAAAAUGAGGAAAGAAAAGGACACUAUGGGAGAACUGGAUGUUCCUGACGACAAGUUGUACGGCGCACAGACUGUGCGAUCCAUUAUGAACUUCCCUAUUGGCGGUAUUGAAGAGCGAAUGCCUUAUCCAGUGAUAAUCGCGAUGGGAAUCUUGAAAAAGGCAGCCGCUAAAGUCAAUGUUGAAUAUGGAUUGGAUAAAAAGCUUGCUGAUGCAAUAAUACAGGCGUGUGAUGACGUAAUCUCUGGCAAGUUAUACCGUGAAGGACACUUUCCGCUUGUUAUCUGGCAAACUGGCUCUGGGACACAGAGUAACAUGAACACCAAUGAGGUUAUCGCCAACCGUGCUAUACAAAUCUUAGGAGGAAAACUGGGAAGCAAGGACCCGGUACAUCCAAAUGACCAUGUGAACAAAUCGCAGAGCUCAAACGACACUUAUCCAACCGCGAUGCAUAUCGCCGUAGCUAUGGAGUUGAGAGACAGAUUGAUGCCUGGUUUAGUUGCUUUGCGAGACACCCUCGAUGGCAAAGCCAAGGAAUUCGAUAAGAUCAUCAAGAUUGGCAGAACCCACUUGAUGGAUGCAGUGCCUUUGACACUUGGACAAGAAUUCAGUGCGUAUGUGACCCAAUUGACGUUCGGUAUUGAGCGUGUAUGCUCGACACUACCGCGUUUGCACUACUUGGCGUUGGGCGGUACCGCAGUUGGUACAGGACUCAAUACCAGGAUUGGCUUCGCUGAAAAGUGCGCUAAGGAGAUCUCCAACCUUACAGGUAUUCCGUUCGAGUCCGCUCCAAACAAAUUCGAGGCGUUGGCGUCUCACGAUGCAAUGGUCGAAGUUCACGGAGCUUUGAAUACUAUUGCCGUGUCAUUGAUGAAGAUUGUAAAUGACAUCCGUCUGCUAGCCUCGGGACCUAGGUGUGGACUCGCUGAACUGCUUUUGCCAGAAAAUGAACCUGGGUCUUCCAUUAUGCCAGGCAAAGUCAACCCAACCCAGUGUGAGGCUUUGACAAUGAUCGCGGCUCAAGUGAUGGGCAACCACGUGGCCUGUACCAUCGGCGGAAGCAAUGGCCACUUCGAACUGAACGUCUUCAAGCCUAUGAUGGUCGCCAACGUCUUAAGGUCUAUACGACUCAUUGGUGAUGGAUGCCAGGCCUUCAACAAGAACUGUGCAGUGGGCAUCAAGGCCAACACUGGCCAAAUUGAGAAGAUCAUGAAGGAGUCAUUGAUGCUGGUCACCGCACUCAACCCACACAUUGGUUAUGAUAAGGCGGCCCUUAUAGCCAAAACGGCGCACAAAGAAGGUGGAACUCUCAAAGACACUGCCAUUAAACUAAAAAUCUUGACUGCCGAGCAGUUCGACCAGUGGGUCAGACCUGAAGACAUGCUGGGACCGAAGUAGACCCCAAGCCCCAUGACCCUGUGUUGAAAUUUUUGUGUGAACUUGGCAUUUGUUUAGGCAGAUAAUAGACUUAAAUAUGACUAUAUCAUAUGUAAUAUGCUUUUUAAACCGGAUUAAAACGUAUCUAAUCAUCAUUGUUGUUGUCUAAUUUAUUAAUUACUGUCAGUAUUACUGUCGCUACUGGAAGUUUAAAACUAUUCUGAGGGUGGGUUUUAUUCCGGUGAAAGCAAUCAAUCAUCAAUCUUAAUGGUCUAUACUAUACGAUAAACAGUACUUUUGUUUUAAUUUGUUUUUGUAGGUCUCAAACAUGGACCUUUUAGUACAAAUAAUGAACAUUUAUCAUUAUUUCGUCGAUUAGGCGUCUGCCAGGCAUGUGAAGUCAUAUUUUCAGUCUAUUUUCUGUAUGGAUAGCUGUUGCUUCAAAAUGUAGCUAGUUGUUGAUUGGAGUUGAUAUUAUUAUCGAAAACUAUAAUAAAGUUUCAUACUGUGAGACCACUUAAUCAGUCAGAAGUUCUGAAGACUAUGUUUUUGUUAGUUUUCGAUAAAUUAAAUGUCAUAAUAUAUUAAGGCUACAUUUAAAAGCUAUUUUAUGCAGGAUUUUAAGUAUCUAUAAAAAAUGUCAUAUACAGCUUCAGGGACAAAAUUUUAGAACUAUCUUCCAUUUUAUUAUAAAAAAUAAAUGAUUGCUAAUUUACACCAUUUAAGAUCAUUGUAUUAAAUAAAAUAAAAUAAUAUGUAAAUUGGACGUUUUUCAAUGUCUAAAAGUAGGAUAAAACUUUUAAUUAAAAAAAUAACACACCACGCUAUCUUACUAAAACGCUGUAAUACGCAGCCGCAUACAGUGUACAGUAAGCUCACGUAGUUUUCACAUGCACUACACACGUUAAAUGCUCAAAUACAAGCACGUAUUAAACAGUGUGCAAUAUACAUACACACUGACAUCUGCUCUCUCGCUCUGGCUCACAAAUUACAGGCGACUAUGCUUAGAAGACGGGAGUGGGGACGCUACGAAGUAUGGCACAAAGAGGAGAGACCGAUAAUAUACAAAUUGUAUGUAUAUUUCUGUCUCAUUCUUUCCCCUGGCUUCAUCCUACACAUUUUUGUAUUUGUGUCUCUUACCUGUCGUUUUUUCGUUGCAUCCGGUUUGAAAUCACAACGAUUCUAAAGAAGUUUCACUUCAAAAUUAUUUGUUUAAUAGAAUAAAAUAAAAUUCGACUCUUUAGGGACUAUAUAGUAGCAUGAAAAUUAAUGGUUAUUAAAAAAAUUGUCCAAAAACUAAUUUAGUUACCUUACCUUACCUUACACAAAAAAUUCAUAAAAAUUGGUCAAGCCAUUUCGGAUUACCACUGUGACCAUUUUGCUAUAUACUAUCAGUUUUUUCAGAAAUAACAAGUUGUGAAGGAAGUUCUUAAUGAAUAUCUCACAAUUUAAUGGAAAGAAGAAUUAUUUUAUAAAUAAACCAUAUGUUUAAAGCACAACUAAUUUUGUCUCUUGGAUCUAAAGUAUAAAUUCUGGUUUAGAAAAAUUAAUACAAACUAUGAUCAAAUGGGAAGCAAUAUGCAUGUCUCGGCAGUAUUCAAUAAAAAGGAAAAUCAAUUGAAAUGUUUUAUGAAUUUUCAAAUUUUGUUCCGAAGCCCUGAAGUAAAGAACUUGGACUUGUAAGUUUUUAGUUACAUCCUUUUCUAUUUUCUUUUGUAUUUUAAAAUAUAUAAAUAUAUAUAUAUAGAAUAUGCCAAACAGUUUCUGCAUUCUGUUAUUUAUUUUUAAUCUUAACUUUAAUAAAAUAAAAAGUUAUGUAAUUUU